GAGGGAUGUUUGAGGACUGAUGUAGCUCAGUGUCGUGUCGUUAGGACAGAGACAGGAGAAUGAUCAGACCUACAACAUUCAGCUUAGUGCUACUGCUGUACUGCUCUCUGUCUCACAGUCUCACACAGUUCAACACCGUGACUGGAAGGAUACCUGAUGACCAACAGGAGACGACUUCCUGGAGGUUCAGGAACCUAUCAUCUGUUCCUGAGGGGCUGGACGUGAGGCUGAGGGAGCUGGAUCUGUCCAACAACGUUAUAAGACAUAUAAACAGCCAGAGUCUGGCUCUUCCAUCCCUACUGAGACUGGACCUCAGCUACAACCAGCUGGAGACCUUAUCUGAAGGGGCUUUCAGAGAUGUGGCCCAGCUUCAAGAGCUGAACUUGGCCAGGAAUGCAUUGAGCCACAAUGUGGACAGUACCAGCCGAGCUCUUGGGUCUCUCCACAGACUGAGGAGGUUGGAUAUCUCUCUGAACGGUCUGGAUGAUGACACAGCGGGACUUUACCUUCGUGACAAAUCAAUUCUAGAACGCCUAGAUCUCACGGGCAAUGGUUUGACGCGACUCACGCCCAAGCUGUUUGCAGAGAGCCUGAGCGUGAGAAGCAUUCGCAUCGAGAACAAUCUGAUCACGGCAAUAGAGGAGGGAACGUUUGAACCGUUGAAGAAACUCAAGAUCUUAAAUUUAGCCAGAAAUAAUCUAGUCUACAUCUGUGAUUUUAAACUCCAUCAGGUGAAACUGUUGAAUCUUAGCAGGAAUUCCAUAGAGUUCUUUGUCACCCGUGAAGACGGUCACCCAUACGAGCUGGAGAUCUUAGAUCUAAGCUUCAACAACCUCCUCUAUUUCCCCAUGGUCCCCAAGACCAACCGGUUGAGAUACCUCCACCUACAGAGCAACAUGGUGGGGACCUUAGAGACAGACACCUUAAUAUCAGAGGCAGACUCUCUGUACAGAGAACUAACAAGUGGAGAUGAGGUAAAUGAUGCUGUAGACAACAACAACAUAUACUCUAACUGGAAACUGAUGCCGUUAGUUUACAUGGACCUCAGUAGUAACCACUUCAGGUCUCUACCUGUGGAGACUCUGAGCCAUCUGACGUCGUUGGUGACGCUGAACCUCAGCAAGAACUGUCUACAGGACAUCAGCUAUAACACAACGAAGGGCGGCCAUGUUGGAGGCUACCACCAACCUUCCUUGACCUUUCCGUCUCUACGCUACUUCGACCUGCAGAACAACGGUCUUCGACAACUCUCCACCUUCUUCCUGGAAGCCCUACCAAACAUAGAGACAUUAAACCUGAAGGAGAACUCUGUGAGGCCUUGUGAUCCAAAGGACCAACUGGGACCAUCUGAGACAAUGAGAGUUCGUCUGAAUAGUAUGUCCCCUUGUGUUUCCUUCUGGAAUAUCAAAACUCUGAGAAGUCUAGAUCUCCAAGACAACAGGAUCAAAACACUCCAUCAGAACACAUUUGAAGGAACCCCUUUGGUUUCUCUCAACCUGGCCAGUAAUGUAGAUAUAGUCUUUGAUAUUGGCGCUCUAGAAGGGUUGCAGAGUAGUCUCCAGUCUCUGAGUAUCAGUGGGAACAGCAUGCCAACCUCUGCCUUGUCUCUGCCUUGUCUGAAAGCAUUGAGACGACUCAACAUGUCCAACAACAACAUAGACGUCCUCCCGGGCAUCAUCAGCUGUUCUCCUUUGACGGAGCUUGACCUGAGAAAUAACGGGCUAACGUCUAUGAAUGAAUCUGUGGUUGAUCGUUUGUCUCUAUAUCUUGAUGUGUUGUAUGUCAGUGGCAACUCUUUCAACUGCUGUGACACCAAAUGGCUAAAAGCCCUAAACAAAGAGAAAGUGAAUAUUCCGGACCUUGACCAUGCUGUGUGCCUCAGUGUCAAUGGUACUCUGUUGACUGGCCUUCUGCCUAACCAUUCACUGCACUGUUCAUUGGAACUUAGCCCAAAGAUAACAGAACCAAACCUUGGGCAAAUAAUAAUAAUUUUGUUUGUGUCGACAGUAUUGAUAACAUUAGUUGUAUUUGUGAAGAAGGUUUGUUGCAACACGGGGUCAAUAAUUGUGUAAUGAUUGUGCAUGUAAAACCAAGAGCUGUGUUCGAAUACCCAUACUAACAUACUGUAUACUACAUACUUAAUGUGUAUAUUAUAUACUAUUAGUUCAUUUUAGUAUACUGUAAACUACAUACUUAAUGUGUAUAUUAUAUACUAUUAGUUCAUUUUAGUAUACUGUAAAUUACAUACUUAAUGUGUAUAUUAUAUACUAUUAGUUCA